GCCCGAUGCCCGGCGGCGGGCGGAGGUGAAGCAGCGAGCGGGCGCUGGAUCCUCCCGGCCGCGGCCCCCGGGGCCCCGGGCACGGAACAAAGGGCCAUGGCCGAGGGGGCCCCCGCUCAGGCGCCGGAGCCGGUGCGGCCGCCGCGCUGCCCCUCGCCCCUCCGGCCAGCGGCCGGCCCCGAGCGCACCUCGGAGCGGGAGACGCAGACGGCAGAGCUGUCCCUGACCGUGGUGGCGGCCGUGCAGGCGGUGGAGCGCAAGGUGGAUUCCCACUCCACCCGCCUGCUGGACCUGGAGGGUCGGACGGGGAUGGCGGAGAAGAAGCUGAUCGACUGUGAGAAGACGGCGGCGGAGCUGGGGAACCAGCUGGAGAGCAAGUGCGCGGCGCUGGGCACCCUCAUCCAGGAGUACGGGCUGCUCCAGCGGCGCCUGGAGAACAUGGAGAACCUGCUGAAGAACAGGAACUUCUGGAUCCUGCGGCUGCCCCCGGGCAGGAAGGGGGAAGUGCCCAAGGUGCCGGUGACCUUUGAUGACGUGUCCGUCUAUUUCAAUGACAAGGAAUGGGAGAAGCUGGAGGAGUGGCAGAAGGAGCUGUACAAGAAUGUGAUGAAGGGGAACUACGAGUCUCUGAUCUCCCUGGACUAUGCAAUUUCCAAACCUGGUGUUUUGUCUCAGAUCGAGCAAGGGGAGGAAUCGCGGGGCAGGAACGAGCAGGACCUGGAGGAGAGUGAGAUCAUUACUGAUGCCACGGCAGCUGGAAUAAGGGUUGUGAUCAAAACGGAGGAGCUCCUCCCUGAAGACAGCCCCGAGAACCCCGAGCUGCACGGGAUGUCGGGGCAGUCCGAGGGCAGCUUCCAGAGCCCGGACGAGGAAGCGGCCUGCGAGAGCCCCUACGGCUCCGUGUCCCCGCCGAGGGACCUCCCGGGGACCAGCCUGGGGGACUCGUCCGAGUACGGAGCCGACUUCAACGAAAUCCAGAGGGUCAUCGUCCACCACGGGAGCUGCACGGAGGAUGGGAUCGUGAUCAAGACGGAAGAGGAGGAGGAGGAGGAGGAGGAUGACCCCGACGCGCUGGAGCCGUGCGCCAUGUUCUCGGGCCGGAGCGAGCCGCCGGCGUUCCCCAGCCAUGAGGCCGGGCUGGGCUGCGAGGCGCAGUGCAGCUCCAAGGCGCAGCCCCGCAGCCUGGCCGCCCGCGUCAGGAAGCCGUCGGCCUGCGAGAGGGACUCCGGGGACGUGAAGCCGGCCAGCGGCCAGCAGCGGAACCGGACGCGGGAGAGACCCUACAUCUGCCCCGAGUGCGGGAAGAGCUUCAUGCUCAAGAUCAACUUCAUGAUCCACCAGCGCAACCACCUCAAGGAAGGGCCCUACGAGUGCCACGAGUGCGACCUCAGCUUCCGCAACAAGCAGCAGUUCCUGCUGCACCAGCGCAGCCACACGCGCCGCGGCGUGGGGGUCCCGCGGCGCCCCGAGCACGGCCUCAAGCCCCCGUCGCGGCCCCCGCCCCCGGGGAAGCCCUACAAGUGCUCCGAGUGCGAGAGCAGCUUCAGCCACAAGUCGAGCCUCAGCAAACACCAGAUCACCCACGUCGGGGAGCGGCCCUUCACCUGCGGCGAGUGCCGGAGGAGCUUCCGCCUGCAGAUCAGCCUGCUCAUGCACCAGAGGAUCCACGCGGGCAAGAACGAGAUGGCCUUCCUGUGCCCCCAGUGCGGCAAGAACUUCACCCGGCCCUCCCACCUGCUGCGGCACCAGCGGACUCACACCGGCGAGCGGCCCUACCAGUGCAGCCAGUGCGAGAAGACCUUCAGCGAGAAGUCCAAGCUCACCAACCAUUACCGCAUCCACACGCGGGAGCGCCCGCACGCCUGCGCCGUCUGCGGGAAGGGCUUCAUCCGCAAGCACCACCUCCUGGAGCACCAGCGCAUCCACACGGGCGAGCGGCCCUACCACUGCACCGAGUGCGGCAAGAACUUCACGCAGAAGCAUCACCUCCUGGAGCACCAGCGGGCGCACACCGGCGAGCGGCCCUACCCCUGCACCGAGUGCACCAAGUGCUUCCGCUACAAGCAGUCGCUCAAGUACCACCUGAGGACGCACAUGGGAGAGUGAGGGGCUGCCGAGGCUUCCUCUCCCUCCCUCCUUCCAUCCCUCCCUCCAUCCCUCCCUUCCCCCUCGUCCUCCUUCUCCUCCACUGAUCUCUCGCACCCUCCCUCCAUCCGUCUCCCCCCACCCCGGCUCAGGGCAUGGACAUCAAGGAAGCUUUGUGUGGUAGCGCCGCUGGUCUGGUGGAGACUCGGCUGAUUGGAAAUAAAUUAAUGAAUUAAAGCAAGCAUCGCGCGGCAAAAUUAAAAGAUUAUAUAUAUAUAAAAUUAACAGAAGCAGCUGAUUUAGGGGGAAUCCUCACCAACAAGCAAACAAACCACCAACAAAAGAAACCUGUACACAGGGUGUUUUGCCGGAGUAGGACUCGUAACUGCUUUUUAAAUCUACUGUUCAGUUUUUUUUAAUAAAUGUGGAGGAACUUUUUUUUUGAUAAGCAACCUUAGGAUGAGCAAGAUUUUAUUUUUGGUUUUGUUUUUUGUUUGUUUGUUUUGUUUUGUUUUGUUUUGUUUUGUUUUGUUAACUGCUCUGUAGGCUGAUUCUGGCACAGUCACUUUUUGUCCAGGAGCUCUGUGGAGGUGCUGCCUCAUCUGGGCUGGAUGUGACAGGAGGAGCUCCAGCCAGGGGGAGGUGAGUAAUUAACAGAUGCAGCUGAUGAGGAAGUUCUGCGUGUGUCUAGAUUGGAAGCGCUGAUAGGUGCCUGCCCGGCUCGCGGGGCUGUGAUGCACUCCUGAAUUAUACAAUAGAAUAAAAUUCUAGUUGCAGUAAAA